AUGGCAACGAAUUCGAUUUUCCUAUCUUACACUAUCCUCAUGAUCGCGGUAGUGGUUGCUACUACGCCAGGAAAUGCUCGUUUUAUAUCAUCAGCUAAGAGACACACUUUGCGUGAACAACCAACAUUUAUUCCUCUAGGCUUUGGUAGGAGAAAUUUAGAAGAUAUCAAAGUAAGCAGACAAUCUCACAAUUCUGAUGUCCUUGAUAGAAGAAAUAGUGAAAGCAUCCAACAAGGAAUGCCAUCUAUUAUGUUUGGUAAGAGAAAUAGUGAAAGCACCCAACAAGGUAUACCCUCUAUUACGUUUGGUAAGAGAAAUAGUGAAAGCACCCAACAAGGUAUACCCUCUAUUACGUUUGGCAAGAGAAAUAGUGCAAGUACCCAACAAGGUAUACCCUCUAUUACGUUUGGUAAGAGAAAUAGUGAAAGCAUCCAACAAGGUAUACCCUCUAUUACGUUCGGUAAGAGAAAUGGUAAAAGUAUCCAACAAGGUAUACCCUCCAUUACGUUUGGUAAGAGAAAUAGUGAAAGUAUCCGACAAAAUAUACCCCCCAUUAUGUUUGGUAAGAGAGAUAGUAAACGCAUGGAAUUUCGAAUGCCUACUCUUACAUUUAGCAACAGAGAUAACGAACCUAAGCUGUAUGGGCUACCUAGUAUCAAUUUGCACAAAAGGGAUGCUUGGACAAAGCAAACUAUUGUCCCUAGGGACAAUCUGUUAGCUAGGCAAUUAUACAAUUAUGGGCCUGAAAUGUACACGAUGCCAGAAGAUAUAGCUUAUCUAACAAGCAUGACAGAACCCUCAAGUCUUGAUUAUCAACUUUCUUUCGCCCAAAGUACACCUGAUAGUAAGGCUUUUGGAAAAUAUAAUCUACCAAUUUGGAACUUGGACUCAACUGGAUUAGCAAGUGGUGGGUUUGUUGACGUCCCAACAGUAUAUUUGGAAUCCGGUAACGAAAUACCAAUGGCCAUGUUAAAAAGGCGUAGCAGCGAAAGAUUUACUAAAGAUAUGUCGACAAGCUAUGAUCAGAAGAAAAAAUUAUUUCUUGGAUUACCAAGGUUUGGAGAUCAAGAUCGCUCUGCAAAAUCAGCUUUAAAAGAUGAAUUGCGUUUGAUAAAUAGAAAAAGGGAAUAUAAACAGCCCCCUCCAAUAAUUUAUGAAGGAAAGUAG